AUGUGCGUCUUUGGCUGGGGGCCUUCAAGCAAUGUCUUCGACGUGAUGGAUCUGCUUCAGGUGCUGGGACUGAGUCCGGUUGUAAACUUCGCGUACAUGCCCCUUCAUUGGAGGAGCGACACCUCUUUCGGCGAGGUUUUUUUGAACGCCGUUACGCCGGAGGCGGCCUUGGAGCUUUGGGGCAUACUUGAUGGCAUGCAAUUUGAAGGAGAGUCGGAGUGCCUUACAGUACGCUGGGCCACCAAAGUUCAAGGCCUGGAUGCACUCAUUCAGAAGUACCGAAACUCCUCGGCAAUGCAUCCCUCCGUACCAGUGAAGGCCAAGCCUCACUUGUUUGACGACGGCCGGUGUUCACGCUUCCCAGAUCCCACGCGGAAGCUGGCCAAGCCUCGACGUCACGCGUAG